AUGGCGUUAGAAUUGAGGGAGGCCGAACACCAUGGCCUUCGCUCGGUGUCAAAAGCCUCGGGUGUCACCGUGACGCGCAUGGCGGAGUCACGUGCGGUCUCGUGCGUCCUCGAUAGCAAGAACGCUUCUUUGGAAGAAGCGCACGUUCCAUCCGCACUCUUCCAAGUUUGGUUGAAAGAAUCGGCCCGGCGGCGAGGCUUUCAAGGUGAGGAUCGUGGGCUUCACCGGAGUCUCCAAGUGCCGAAACGGAUGAUGCUCGGAGCUUCCGGCGGAACGACCUUGAAUGAGGGGCAGUGUACGCGCUUCGCAGUGGGCGGCUACUUUGCCGAGUUGCGAAGCCGCCUGAGAUCCUCCACAUGUGUGGUGCUGUCCUUGGAGAGCAAAACAACUGUUCGAGUGACAACGCAGAGGUUCUAUUCCGAAGCGAAUUGCCUGGGCUUGCCGUACCAGACCUUCCGCGUGGAUCCGACCACCACCAACGUCACGCAGGUUGACUACCUUGUGAAUGACAAGUGCGGUGGUGACAAUGUCAGGAUCUAUGUCAUGAGCGUGGGUUACUGCUACGAGCUUUAUCCUGAUAGAGCUCCUCGCAGUUUCAAGUGGGAGGCGAUCGGCUUUGAGAUCUUGGAGUCCACUGGGUGCAACGAGUUAGUCCUCCUUUUGGACAGAUCAGAAUUGGUUCCUUUGCCGUUUCGCACAUCGGAAUUGACAGAGACCGAAGGGCGUGACUUUUCGGAGAAAGGUGGAGAGAUACGACGCGACCGUGGUGGCGGCGACCUGGAGGCCCGUGGUGCUCCCAAUGCUGGCUGCUCCAAUGGCUGGUGCGCUCUUGCACCCAGACUUCUGACGCUCGCCAAGACGGUGAGCUUGGUUGAUGAAGCCUACGGCCGCCAUGGCCCAUUACACAGGCCAUGGUACGAGGCGAGGGACGCGCCGGCCGAGAAGAAGGAGGUUUUGGUGAAGGAGUUGGUGUUGGAUAGUGCUGUGGUCGAUAUUGUGUAUUUGGGCCAGAAGCACGAGUGUCUGCUGCUGACCACAAAGAAGCAGCGGCUUUAUUCAAGCUGCGACAGUGGUCAAAGCUGGCAUGAGAUCACGGACAAGGUGGAUACGACUCCGUCCUCCCACAUUCGGGUGGAGAAGAUCAUCGUGAACUCGGCUGACAAGACGGUGGCCGUGCUCCAAACUCAGCGUCGUGUGGACAACCGUGGAGCUGGUGUCAUCGACCCGGCCUCGGCGUCCGCGCAAAGCUGGCAUCCCUACAUCUUCAUCUCGGAGGAUUCCGGCCGCACCUGGCGGAAAGCUUGGGGUCGGCAUCAUGGCCUGCACAGCUGGAUCCCGCAUCCCACCCGCCGGUCUUGGGCCUUGGUCUCCUGGUGGAACGGCGCCUGUAGCAAGGCCUCAGGGGGAGAAAUUGAAGGCGCUUCCGACGACGAGGCAAAGAAAGCUGCGAAAGAUGCUUCGAAGGAGGGAGAUCCUGACAAGGACAAGCCGUGCAUGCACCGGUUGAUGCUGACCACCGACCUGGGGAAGACCUUCUUGCAGAUCGCCCCGUAUGUGGUCCAAUUCAGCUGGGGCAGCCCGAAGAUCAACCAGUCCGAUCGGAUUUACUACACUGCCUACGCCUCAAAGACGGGCGACCAGGGCAAGCUCUCCCAGUGGAGCACGGAGGUGGACUUCAAAGCGGUGGAUCUGGAGUCUUUGGGGCGGCCCAAGGUACCAGUGACCAGUGUUAAGCACGGCAACAAGUUCAUGAUCUCCAAUGAGUUCAUCCUCGUCGCCAAAGUCUCCAGCGAGGAGAGGCAGACCGUGAAUCUCAUGGUCUCCAGCGAUGGGGCAAAGACCUGGAAGGCGGCCUUGCUACCCUCCGGGAUGGGAGAGCUCGAAGAGAAAUGGUAUACCAUCGUGGAUACCUCGGAGGGGGCCGUGCUGCUUCAUUUGAACUCCGAAACGGGGGCUGCAGACACUGGCCGCAUCUUCGUGUCUGACAGCGAAGGCUACAAGUAUUCCCAGUCCCUGCUCCACAACAUCCGGUCCUCUGCUGGUGAUGUGGAGUUUGACAAGGUGGUGAGCCUCACUGGAGUCUAUUUGGCAAAUGUCCUGGCUGAUGCUGAAGGGGAUGCUGGCUACCAGAAGGGGAAGCAGUGGGCGGUAGAAACAGUUGAACAAGAUGCUUCGGAAGGAUCUUCAGUGGAUCGUCGACAUGGUCGAGGCUGGGGCAAAGCCUCCCGCACGGCCAAGGAAGAGCGGAGCAUUCGAACGGUGAUCUCCUUUGACAAGGGUGGAUCCUGGAGAUACUUGAAGCCGCCCAAGGUCAAUAGUCAAGGUCAACCAUAUUUCUGCGCGGGGCGACCCUUGCAGGACCAGAAUGUGCACUCCAUCUUCACGGAAGCAGGCAAGGUCUCUCACUUUCGAAUGGUGAAGAAAAAGAUCGAUCCUGCAGAUGGAUGCACGUAUUCCUUGGUGGAGCUCCAAGAGCACUAUGCCGGCAAGUACAAGAAGAAGGAGAUUCAGAAGUACUGGGAGAAUGACUGCAAGGCGGUAGAUGAAGGACGCGAAGGUGCCAAGCCCGUCCAGAGCCAGCCCCGAUCCGCGCCUCGAGGCGAAGAACAGCCAAAGCCCAGCGAGCGGCCGCGCCUCGCUCGCUCCAGGUCCUGGCUGAAGAAGGUCUGUGGCGUUGCCCUUCUGCCCUGUGAGGAAGAGUUGGCGCCCCUUUUGGAGGCCGUCCAUGCCAGCAAAGAUGACUCGGAGAAAGAGGCAUGGCAGCUGAAGUUGCUGACCGCACACCCGUUCGUCGAGCGGAAAGUGAAGGAGGUUCCGGCAGAGGCCUUGGCGCCUGGUGUGUCUGUAGAGGUGGAGAACUUCCGCUUGAUGGUUUUCAAGUUCCGGAAGUGGCUGAAGACCCCUGAAGGCCGAGCUUUCGAGGAGAAAGGCAAAGGCUUUGACGAUGGGCUCUACUUGACCUCCGCCCUCCUGCGGAAGUUUCUCCCGCGUGGCUACACGCACUUCCGCUUCACCCGGAACGCCCUGGCGGACGACACGGCGGAGCCGCCGGUGCACGUAGUGCUGCGGGGAUUCUUCAAGUUCACAGGGCUCACUGCAGCGGACGAGGACGAGGAGUCCAAGGCCACAGAGGAUGCCAGUGCCUUCCUCUUCCAGGGGUACUCGAUGGAUGAUGCUCAGCGCUUCCUCGUCACGACCAAAUCCAAUGGCGAGAACGGGAAAUAUACCUUUCGCCGGAUCUUUGGAGACUGGUACUGCUUUGCUGGUUCCAAGAACACGGGGCACACCUGGAAGCUGGGCGCCUCGGUGGCCGAGCUCUUCCCGGUGCCGCAGGACGCCGUGGCGGCCGUGGCGCCGAAGAUCAUCGCCUUUGUGGAUCGGUCCAUCAACUCCAUGGUGGAGUCGGAGCGAGCGAAGCUCCUGGAGGCGGUGGACCGAAGAUGUGUCACCAUCAUGAUCGAGCUCAAUGAUGAAGCACAUGAGCACAUCUUUCCCAUUGAACGCUCCUGGCUGGACCACGUGGCUGUCUUGGAGCGCUCGGGCUUCCCCUGGCCGCAGCAAGAGGCCUUUGACUUCUUUGAUUCCUUUGGCCUGCAGAGGGUGACGAUGGAGCCGUGUAGCGACAUGCAGCAACUGCCAAAGGUCAUGGAGGAGAUUCGAAAGAGUACCACCACCGAAGGUGCGGUGCUCUACCUGGAACGCAGUGAUGGCACAGCUGUGGGGCUGUUAAAGGUGAAGAGCGACCACUACGUGGUGGCACGGCGCACGCGCGAGACCUUGAGGUCCUGCUUGGUGACUCCUGCCAGCGAGAAGAUCGGACAGCCUCACCCGCGGCUAGAGGAGUCCAUGGCAAAGGUGACGCUACGCUUGGAUGAAGGAAUGAAAGCACUGACGCACGUGGCGACCUGGUCAGCUGACGCGUGGCCAGAGUGGUCACUUCAUGCUUUGGCCUUCGCGAAGUCUUGGAAGGGCGCCUUUGAAAAUUCAGACACGAAGACCAGAAGAGCUCUGGUGAUUGAGUUUCACAACAAGUUUGGCUCCCUGUACGAUCGCUUUGGGCGAACGCAGGAGGUUCUUCCCUUGAGUUCCUUCAGCCUGACGAUGGCAGAGAACGCUGGCCUGAAGGCGAUUUGCAGCUCCCCAGUGUCGGCUGAGGACGAGGAAGAGACAGAAAGGCGGGACCGGGGAGCCUGGAGGAGGUUUCCGAAUGUCACGCGGAUCCUCACCAAGUUUUUGCGACAGAAGGCCAAGAAGUUCCCGUUCAGCUCCAUCAGUUUGAACAUCAACUACUGGGCGGCAGGGCACAGAGACAAGCCUCACAGCACGUGCUGCCGUACUGCCCAGGUGCCCGUGCUCUGCGUGCAGUUCGAGCCCGAGGAGACCAGCACGUUCUUCUCGCGCGACGGAGGCCUCACCUGGGUCGAAGCUCACAAGGGUGCCUUCAUCUAUGAGUUCGGCGACCAUGGCGGGCUGAUCGUCAUGGCAGAUGACCUCAAGAAGACCGGGGAGGUGAUCUUCACGUGGAAUGAGGGCGAGUCUUGGUAUGACUUCAAGGUCACCAACACUCCCUUUGAGGUGGAUAACAUCAUCACUGAGCCCAACCUGACGUCCACGACCUUUGUGAUGUUUGGGACUCGUGAGGAUGGUGCUGGUGUGUUGUACUACCUGAAGUUUGACUCGUUGCAAUUCCCCGCCUGCCGUGGCAGCGGCUUCGCGGACUCGGUGUCCUCCGAUUACGAGACCUGGACGGCCUCCGACGGGCGCGGUGCAGAGCGGUGCAUGUUGGGCCAGCAGAUCACCUACACUCGUCGCAAGCGGACCUCGCAGUGCUGGAAUGGUGAGGCCUUCGAACGCCCAACGGUGAAGAAGACCUGCGCAUGUACGGAGGCGGACUACGCCUGCGACGUGGGCUUCGUGCGGCAGGUGGGCUCGACCGAGUGCGUCUUCGGGGGCCUCGAGAUGAUGCCGGAGAGGCGGGGGGGUUUCGGGCGCCGCCAAGCGGCGCCUGGGCGGUGA